UGAACAAGGUCUUAGCGCACCAUAAGAGAGAUUUUAGAGGGAAUAGGAAUGGUAAGGUAGAGAGGAGAUAGGGGUUUAAAAAGCCCAAGAAGGAUUAAGAUUCCAAGAAGAGAACUGGCUGUAGCCAAUCUCACAAUGCCAAUUAUACAGACACAAGUUCGAAGAAAGAAGCAUGACACCAGCAAUUCAACAUAUCUUUCAGCAAUCAACAAGAGAAUUCUUAGACAUCAAGGGAAGAAGCUCAUGCCUAGUUUUAAAUUGAAAUAACACGAAUCCGCGACAAUUAAGAUAUGUAAAGUCUCCUCAGAAGAAACAAGAGAGUCCAUUUGCAAAGAAGAUUCGUCUUCCCUUCAGUCACUCACCACAACCAUCGAGGUUGUUAUCACCUGUAAAGAGCCGGAACCAGAAGACGGCCACUAAAGCUAAUAUCAAGAAAAUAUUCAGAAAGUUGCAUAAGGAUAUCCAAGCGACGCCUAUUAUCAGAGUGAACAAUGCAAGCCCUACGAAAUCAAUGGGUGCAGAUGAUACGACUGGAGGGUUCACUGAGAAAAGCAGUCUCUUCAUGACCUAUAACAAUGUAAAAACGGAUAGCAAUACAAGGUACCAAAGCAGACUAAGUUCUUGAAAGAGAGAUUCUGAGUUUACUACUGGAGGAAAUAUUGAAGCAAUAGACUCUAAGAUGAUAUCAACAAUUUGGGCGAGAUUUGAUGCAGUUGUACCAGAACGGACUAGACGUAGUUCUAAAGGAAAAUACUCAGCUUUCUUUGAAAGUUUACCUGUUGAUCAACAAACAAUAAAGAAAGUGGAGGCUAGAAUAGCUCCUGUGCAAAAUUCACAAAUGACUUCCCAGAAAAAUUCCAAAAGAAUGUCAAGCUUAAGGCCUAUCAUGAAUUCUGUAAUUGAAGGAAAGGAGCGUAUUAAGCAGCCUCGGCUGACUAAUGCUUUCAUCCAAAAAGAUUUCUUAACUCCAUUCUAAGAUGCAUAAUCAAUUCUAAAC